AUGAAGGACGGUGCUUCUGAAGACUGCAAUCCGUCAAGUGCUGUAGAGGAGGAUCGAGGAAGGCAUGCUGCUCCAAUCAACCAUCUAGGGUCCAGUAAUAAAGCAAAUGAAAUAGCUGUUGCAGAUCGAGAACAUACAUUUUCAAUUAGAAAGUUGUAUCCUAUUAGCGAGAACGUUAGUAGAGUUAAAUCUCAACAGCAAGAAGUCCCAUAUCAGAGAAAUUUGCCAACAAUAAAUGGUACUGAAACUGAAUCUGCGAGACAAAACUUACAACACGCAUUUGACAAAUACUCAAAAAAUAACAACUUAACACCUAAAGCUGUACAACCAGCUUUGAACCAAGGUGUGCGAUAUAUAUGGACAAAAACUAAUCCUGUACCGCGAGUUGGAAAUUCAACUGUAAGUCUGUCAAAUAGCAGCGAAGGUAGUUCAGGGGCGAUGGUGAAUAACAAUGACCAUGCAUUGGAUAAUGCCUUGAACACAAGUGUUACCAAAGGGCAAAAUGAUCCCAGACUUAGUCACAUUCUUUCUAGCUCAAAUGGUAAUAUCGACACUACUGUUGCCAAACACUCUUUAAGAAAGGAAGAAAAAAGUUCCCUCGAGAUAUCAAAUAAUUUUGAUCAUCAGGCGCAGGCGCCAAAAGGACUCGACCUCUCAGCUGUAGAUACUACAAGCCAACCAGGGUUAUACACCACAACUGGGUCCCAGGUUCAUCCUGUAACGCAGCACUACCAAUAUAACGGAUCAAAGAUGCCAUAUGACUGGUCAAAUUCCUUACGUCAGAGAAUUGGAAAUAGCAAUACAGCCGGUCAAGUUUAUUUUGUCGGUACACCACCUGAUGCACCUAACCGAUCUCAUGAUUAUACUCAUCUAUAUGCAAAUACGGCUCCGUUACCGCAAGGUGUCUCGUAUGUUUGGCAUGCUCACGGCCCACCAUUCUUGGCAAGCAAUUCAAAUACUACAGAAUCAUAUUCAGGAAGCACACUGGUAGCAGCAACAACAAAUCAGGCCAAGAUAGCAUCACCGUCGGUAAGUUAUGGUAAUAACACUCAUCCUGAAAACACACCUAGGCUUUCGGUAUCAAAUAUUCAUCAAUUGACUCCGAAUCAAAAAGGUGCAUCAUUUCAAAGACCUUUGCAAUCAAUAUUACCUAUCAUUCCAUCUCAUACACAGUCUAAAUUUGCAAAUGUAAAGCUGGAUCAGGAUAAACAGACUAACUUCGGUAACCAGAUCAUGUUCAAUUCUUCGGAAAAUACACCACCAUUGGCUCAUCAAGUAGUGUACGCGGACAAUCGCUUAGGAAGUGUACCGAAUAAUGCCAUAUCUUAUAAUGCCGAUGCCUCUAGAGCACCAAUCGGUCCACCUAUAGGAAGUGCUGGAGUUUAUUAUAAUCCAAAUUACACAUAUGUUAUGCAGGAGCAACCAAAAACAGUAUCAGAUAAUGUUGUAUCCAGAAUUAACUCGCAUCCAAUUUUGGGCCAAACAAAUUAUUUACUGCCCCGGGCGGAUCCAUCUCUCACUACUCAGUUAGGAGUUACGAACGAGAUGAUGUUCGGUAACCAGGGAGAAAAAAUAGAGGUAUCCUCUCUGGCAUUUCCUCAUAGGUGUCAUUUAUGCCCAAAAUUGUUCAAACGUAAAUCUUGGCUAAAGAGGCAUUUGCUUUCACAUUCACAGCAAAGACAUUUCUUAUGUCCAUGGUGUAAUAGUCGCCAUAAGAGACGUGACAACUUACUUCAACAUAUGAAGCUGAAACAUGUCCCCAAUCUUCUUCAAGAAAUCAACUCUCGCAACAUGAGAUUCAAUUGGCCAAUACUCGAAAGGUUAAGUAAACAAAUCGAUGGUACAAUUGAAUACCCAGAUACAAAAACACUUAUCCAUGAAGGCUUGCUCAACAAAGAUGAGCUGAAGAAUAUCUUAAAUACUGUGAUCGAUAAGCACAAUUGA